AUGGAUGAGGGCACUGCUGCCAGCGAGAACAUUCCAGAUCUGAAAGACAUAGAGGUGAAACUCGGCCGGAAGACCCCCGAGGGUUUGCUCAGGUGGAUGCGGGAGGAGGCGUCCUCUAUCCGGGGAGAUGCCAAGCUGGCCACCGCGCACGACACCAGUAAGGAUACGGGGAAGAAGAGUUUGGAUGAAAAGAUCAAGAAAUUGAAGAUGGAGAUGGCCCACUUGCGCUCUGUGGAUGUAAAGAUCCUACAGCAGUUGUUGGCGGUCCAUGAGGGCAUCGAGGCAGUGAAAUGGCUGCUGGAGGAACGCAGCACGCUGACGAGCCGCUGCAGCAGCCUGACCAGCAGCCAGUACAGCCUGGGUGAGGGCCCCGACACCUCCUGGAGAGGCUCCUGGAGCAGCCUGCAGGACCCCAACGACAAGCUGGACAACAUUUCCAUCGGCAGCUACCUGGACACCCUGGCAGAUGACAUGGAUGAGUACUGCCCUUCCAGCUCAGAGUCAGUCAUCUGCUCCACCACACCACUGGUCUCACAGGCUGCUGCAGGGGGCCGGACUGCGGGAGGCCCCGGGGCCAUGGUCACUGCGGCUAUGACUGGAGUGAAGUCUACGGCUAUUGGCGGUGGGGUUGGAAGUGGAGUUGGAAUUCGGGGUGGGGUAAAUGAGAAUGGAGCUGUGGCUGGAAAUGGGAUAGAAGUGAAAACUGGACCUGGGACUGUGGUUAUCAGUGCUGUUAUUGGGACUGGGAUUGCAGGGACUGGAACAGGGAAACCAGCAGUUCCUGGCAGCUCUCCUAAAGGCAAGUCUGAGGGCUCCAAGCAAGACGCUGCAGUCUGGGCCAAGGCUGCAGAAACAGGUAAGGGAAGCCCAGCUAAUGGCAUCCUGGAGAAACCAACUACGCAAACAGGCAGCCCAACCCGCCCCCGUCUCAGCGAGAAACUGGGGACGAGCCAGAGCCCCAAACUCAAACCUUACAAAAACGGAAAGAUUGACUUGGAUAGUUGCAAAAUGAAUGGCAAAAUGCAUAUGGAGUACGACGCGCACUGGCGGUGGGUGCAGUCACAAGAAGAUGUGACGUUUUUGUAA